UACAAAUUUGAAAAAUGGAUGAAUCAUUGUUUUCUAAGCUAAAUGAAGGGUUGAAAGGGGAGAGUUUAUUCAUUUCUAUUGUGCCAUUACUAAAGCUAAUCUCUUUAACCUUAAUGGGGGUACUAUUAGCACACCCAAAAGCAAAACUUGUACCAAGAGCUACAUUCAAACUUCUAAGUAAGCUUGUAUUUGCCCUCUUUUUACCUUGCUUGAUCUUCAACAACUUAGGCCAAACCAUCACUUUGGAAAAUAUAACACUUUGGUGGUUCAUACCCUUAAAUGUUGUCCUCUCAGUUGGAAUAGGGUGCUUCUUAGGGUACCUUGUUGCCCUUAUAUGUCGUCCACCACCCCAAUUUUUUCGAUUUACUAUCAUCAUGACCGCGUUAGGAAACAUGGGUAAUCUUCCUUUAGCUUUCAUAACAUCAAUUUGUCAUACAAAGAAUCAUCCUUUUGGAAAAGACUGUCAAAAGAAUGGGAUUGCUUAUGAUUCUUUCUCUCAAUGGGUGGCUAUUUCUCUUGUUUAUACAUUUGUUUAUCAUAUGAUGGAGCCUCCUUUAGAAUACUAUGAAGUUAUUGAAGAUGCCAGUAUUCAAGAUAAUGAAAUUAUCAUAGAAGAAGAGGUUGAAGAAGAAAUAGAUCAAGAUAUGAUUGUUAGAAAUGAUAGUGAGUUAAGUAUGCCAAUUCUUCAUGAUGCUGAAUGGCCGGGGAUGGAUGACAAAGAUAUUGAUUACUCAAAAACACCCUUUGUUGCUCGAGUUUUUAACUCUUUGAUCUUUAAUUCCCUUAGAGAAUUCCCUGAUUUAGGAAUGAGUCUCGAAGAAGGUCAAGGUCAAGUGCAUCAUUAUGACGAUAAAUCAUCAUUAAGGUGUUUACCUGAGCCAAAGAUAAUGAGAAAAAUUAGGAUUGUAGCAGAACAAACACCAAUAAAACAUAUUCUAAGUCCACCAAUUAUUGCUUCAUUUUUAGCCAUAUUUGUUGGUAUGGUGCCUCAAUUGGAAAGCCUUGUAUUUGGUGAUGAAGCUCCGCUUUCUUUCAUCACCGAUAGUUUUCAGUUCAUGGCUCGUGCAAUGAUGCCCUUUGUUAUGCUCGUGUUAGGAGGGAUGUUAGCCGAGGGGCCAGAAGAGUCCACGCUCGGUCUUAGGACUACUAUUGGGAUCAUUGUUGCAAGACUUUUGGUGCUUCCUUUGGUAGGAAUUGGAGUCCUACUCUUAACUGAUAAAUGGGGAUUAUUGGUUGAAGGUGAUCUAAUGUUUAGGUUUGUCAUUUUUUUGCAUUACGUUACACCGAGUGCUAUACUACUUGGUGCUAUUGCUAGCUUGAGGGGUUACGCAGUUCAAGAAACUUCAGCAAUUUUGUUUUGGCAACAUGUUUUUGCUGUUGUUUCUACUUCUUUGUAUAUAUAUGUGUUUUUUAAGUUUCUCGCCCCUUCUUUUACUUAA